AUGUCCACGCCUGAUAAGCACCGCGGUCAUGACCACUCCCAUGGCCACCACCACGAGAUCCACAAGCCACAUCUCACCACGACGGGUGGCCACCUAGUGGCGGCAUCAGGGGAGUUCGUCGGCACCUUUUUCUUCCUCUACUUCGGCUACGCCGGUCAGCUCAUGGUGAUCCUUCAAGGUGCCGAUUCAGCCCCGGACGGCUCGCUCAGCAGUCAGGGUGUUGUCUUUAUCGCACUGACCUACGGGUUCUCUCUACUCGUUAAUGUCUGGACAUUCUAUCGCGUCAGUGGUGGACUCUUCAAUCCCGCAGUCUCUCUUGGUCUAUCUCUCGGCGGUCAGCUGCCUUGGAUGCGGUCCCUCUUCCUUAUCCCUGCACAGCUUCUGGCUUCCAUGUGUGCUGGCGCAUUAGUUGAAGUAAUGUUUCCUGGGAAAAUCUCUCAAGCCAAUUCCCUGCUUGGAUCCCGGACCUCUGUUACUCAAGGUCUCUUCCUUGAAAUGUUCUUCACCGCCCAACUGGUCAUGGUCGUGUUUAUGUUGGCUGCCGAGAAGUCCCGCGACACCUUCCUUGCACCAAUCGGCAUUGGCCUUGCUCUUUUCAUGAUCAUGAUCCCUGGUACAUUCGUCACGGGCGGAUCACUCAACCCGGCUCGCAGCUUCGGGUGUGCCCUAGCCGGGAAACAGUUCCCGCAUUACCAUUGGAUUUACUGGCUCGGACCAAUUUUGGGAGCUGCGCUCGCUGCCGCUUACUAUCGUUUUGUAAAAUGGGUACACUAUGAGGAGGCUAAUCCAGGCCAGGACUUGCCAGUAGAUCCAGAAGCUCUUGCGGCUCAGCAGCUGCAUGGGCUGGUGCCUCAUCCGCGCGAAGUUUAG